GACUGGAGCCCGCAUACAAGAUAGUAUGGAAAGGUUGCUGAGGCUCAUUCAUCUCUCUGACCUAUGCUGCUUAUCUAUUUGGCCACUAAUGAUAUUACCAGUCUGUUCAGGUUAAACUUCAUUUUAAUUAUUUGGAUCUCAACAAUGCACCUGUGGGGGUGUUACCCAACUGUCCCUUCUACGCUGUCCAGGAAAUCUGAUUACUGUCUCAUCCUGCUGAAUAGCUGCUUAGCCAAGCUGGACAAGAGUGAAGAAUUGACUUUUCUAAAACCUUUCCUGGAGAAGUCUUUCAUUAAAAGGUCCUUUCGCAAUGGAGUUGGAUCAGGAAUUAAAAAAACUUCCUUUCAAAGAGCAAAUUAAUAAAUAACUGCUCAGGAAAGUACCCUCAACUUUAGCAUCUAACAUUUAACUGUGAGCUUAAAAUAAUUUGCAAUGCAUUUCUGUUAUAAAAACAAAAGAGACAAAUGUAUCAGCAUGUUCAUAAUGUAAACAGAUGUGUAUUUCAAAUAGUGCAAGCCAAGUGAAGCAGAUUAAAUUGUUCAGUAUAGGCAUUGUUUUCAAAGUUACAAUAUCAUAAAGUUUUGUAUUGAUAUAAAUGUGUUUUCAGCUGGUUAAUUCCCCGUUUGUAAAACUACAGAUUUAAUCAGAUUGCUCUUGAUUAACACAAAAAUAGUUCUGUGCUUUGAAAGCAUGCACACAUGCAACAAGUCUUUAGGAUGGCAGCAUUAUAUCCUACAUAUACUCAUCUUUGGUCUAAAAGAUAUCCUUAUGGUUAAUGCAGGGCAUGGCUUCAUUUUAUUAGCCUGAUUAUCAUUUACAUGAGGACCACUUUACACCACUCUGGUAAUAUAAGGCGGGUCUUAAAAUGUAAUUUAAGACAUCUUUACAUUGCUCUACAGGUAUAAAGGGCCAUUCGUGAAAAAGAGAAUCAGGCCCUAUGUUUAAACUCUAAUUUAUUUUUAAUAUAGUUAUUUAAAAUGACUUCAGCAGGAAGUAAUCUCUUGAGAUGUCAUUUCAUUUUCAAGAGUGUCCUGGGAAAUCAUUCUCAGUCACUGUAGCAGUGCAUGUCCCUCUGCUUCAAUUAAUCAAUUAAUGUAGGCAACAAACAUCUGAUGAUAUCUGCCAAAUAUAGGGCUUGCCUAUUUUCUGCUGUUAUGGUUGCGCUCUAAUGAACAGUGGUCCAGUUUUGUUUUUUCUUUGCUGUAAAGUAACUGGUUAGAUGUUUGUUCUCAAAAUAUUGUAGAUUUUGUCAGCUGGAAAGGUCAUCUGCUGAGUUACAUUAUUUGUGUGAAUUUUACCUUGUGGCCAUUUCCUUCGAAA